CGCACACAGCUGGAUGGACAGCAACGUCUCGGCAGUCGGAAGGAUGUGGAUUUUGAUAAUGUUUUGAAGUUUGUGAAGGACUCGCACAGGUGGCGCAACUCACGGCCGGACACCACCUAACCGCCUCAAGUGAAUGAGUUGAAUUUCAGAAUCCAGUCCAGAGAAAGAAAGAGAAAGAAAGAAAGAAAGAAAGAGAGACAAUCAUGAUGGAGUCAAUCCUCGACAGUCUGGCGGCUGACCGGCUGUACCCGGUCGGCGGGGCCAACCUGUUGGACCUGGAGGAGCUCAGCGACGGAGACUUCCUCACCAACGUGCCUUUCUCAGGUGACCAGAUGGACGACUUCAGCAGUGAAUUAUUCAGCAGUUUUUUUGACGACCAUCUAUUAGAGAGGCCCCUGCUGGCAGACAGACCGUCACCUCUACACAUGGACAUCGACGACAGCAGCCCAGAUAUUCAAGCGGAGCACAGCUACUCUUUCAGCGAAGACUCCGCCCCCCAGAGCCCAGCCCUGUCAAUCAAAAUGGACCACGAGUCACAAUUUGAAUGGAGCUUCAGCCAGGACCUUUCGGCCAUCUUGGUGAAACAGGAGGAGCCUGAUGUGGGUCAAAGGUUAGAUCCUCAGCCUCUCGAAGGCCCGCCGCUCAUAUUAAGCCCCGCCCCCCCACACAGAGGGUCGCCAUGCAAACGCAAGGCGCCGAACCAGGACAGCGUGAAGUCAGUCGCCAUCAAAGAUGAACCCAGAGAGAUUGGACAGUACCUCAGCCUGCCCAGCGAAGACGUCCUCCAGCUCCCGCCCACCCCUCCCAGCAGUAACCACGGCGACAGCGACGGCUCCCUCCCUCCGUCCUCGCCACACCUCCCUCUGCCGCCGUCUUCCCCUCAGCCGCAACAGAGGCCGGGGGGUCGAGCCUCCUCCUCCUCUUCCUCCUCCUCCACCGCCAUCUCUUCCUCACCUCUGCUCACCGCGCCACACAAGCUGCAGGGUUCAGGCCCCCUCCUGCUGACGGAGGAAGAGAAGAGGACCCUGGUGGCGGAGGGCUACCCGGUACCCAACAAACUUCCUCUCACCAAAAGCGAAGAGAAGGCGCUGAAGAGGGUCCGGCGGAAGAUUAAAAACAAGAUCUCAGCUCAGGAGAGCCGGAGGAAGAAGAAAGAGUACGUGGAAUGUCUGGAGAAAAAGGUGGACAGCUACACGUCAGAAAACAGCGACCUGUGGAUAAAAGUAGAAAACCUGGAGACCGCCAACAGGUCUCUCCUACAGCAGCUCCAGAAGAUCCAGUCCCUGGUUUCAGGAAAAGUUGUGUCCCGUUCUCGUAAAAUGGCCUCAACUCAAACGGGAACAUGCCUCAUGAUGGUGGCCGUGUGUUUCGUCCUGGUGCUGGGCUCCUUCUCCCCCCUCUCCUUCCUCACUCACACCUCCUCUUUGUCCUCAUCCUCCUCUUCCUCCCACCCUUCCUCCUCUCCUCCUCUUCCGUCAGCGGACCUCUACACCACCAGUCAGGUCCGUUCCCGCAGCCUGCUCUUCUACAACGAAGAGGAGGAGGAGGGUUUAGUGACGUCAGACGAGGGGCGGCUCGAGUCGGACAGCCACAUCCAGACCAGCCGACACACAGCGGACGUUCAGGGCAGCAACCAUUCAACUGGGCCCAAGUCCAACCGCAGAGAAACAAAACCAGAAGGAGUCUCUGAGUUUUCUGACAGAGCUUGAAUGCUCCUCCCCAUGAAUUCUAACCUCUGACCCCCUUAAAAGUCCCGAAAACCGCCAGAUUCCUCAGUCAAACUGGACCCGAAUCUCAGUCCACCGCCAUCUCGACCAAUGAGACGCGAGACACGCCCUCUCCACAGCCGGUAUCCUGCGUGAACAGACUCUGCUGCACCUGAAUACACUUGAUUUUGAAAGAAACCACCUUAUUGACCUUUCUACUGGUGUGCAUUCAGAUAUAGUAUCUAUUGAUAAACACUUACAAACAUAGGGCCGUAAUUAACAAAACUCAGAUGCAAUUUGCAAAAAUAUCACCGCAAACGAGUAAACCAAGACAAAUUCAGAAAUGAAUAAGAGAGUUUGAUCUCCUCUUGUCACGACGGACCUGAAGAAACACCUGUUGAGAACUCUAUGAACAUAAAUACAUCGAUGUGGAUACUUGACGGACCUCCACUGUGGGAGUUAAUGUUGUGUGUUUUAUGUAUUUUAUUUCCAAGGCGCUCCGUUUUUAACCGGUCACACACCAAAGGGCUGCAACUAUCCAUGAGUUCUAAUCCUCAUGGAGAAGCGAGUGUCUUUUCUUGAAUAAUUUCUGCCAAUUAAUUAAUAGAACCAUCGUUUCAGCUCGAUGUUACCAAACUAACUCGUGAGGAUGAACACGUCCUUUUAGAAGGAAGCUGUGCCAUUUUUAAAAAAGUGCCUUCCACUUUAUAACUAUAUGACCGACUCGGCCUUAAACCUAAAGGCAACUCACGCAGCUUUAAACCUGGAGCCGUCACGCAAACUAGAAUACAGACCGUUUAUUUUAAACUGGAUCACUUUUUAAAUUUCAUCUCUGAAGUUCAAUUUUUUUCACUUCCAAAUUUAGCAUCAUUCGGGAAAGGGGGCACAUCUUCAUAUCAAGGGACCGGUAAAGGGGUCCCGACAGAGGUUGGGAAACAUGACAUAUGGUAUAUGUAAUAUAUUUGUAGCAUCAAAAAAAGAGCAUAUUUAAUUUGUGCAACAAAAAAAAAAGGAAAGAAAUACUGAACGUGUUUUUAAAGUUAGUCCGUCAUCGUCUUGUUUUUGUUUUUCUAAAUAAUGUUUACAAAAAAAACCCAAAAUACAACGUAUAAUAUAUUCAGAGCAUCAAAAAAAAGAGCAUAUUUAUUUUAUGCAAGAAAAAAAAAUGGAAUUGUAUGUUGUUGUGUUUUUUGAGGACGAUGAAGUUUUACACGACAGUGUGUAGCUGACAUGGAGUGUGAAACUUUGACGUGGUCUGUUCGUGUCUUUUAACGCUAAUACAGUGUUUAUGUUUCACUGCUGUCGCAUGAGAAGCUACCAGGGUCUUUGUGGUGAAUUAAAACUCAUUUUUAAGGUUUCCUGACCUGGAAAUCAUCGCAAAUAAACCGCACAAAUUUUAAAUAAUUCAAACAUUGACUAUAAUGUCAAUGUAUAUAUAUAUAUAUUUCCCGUCAUAAAUUCAUAAUAUAAGCUAAAAACGAAGCAGCAUAGAUGCUAAAUGUGCUCAUGCGACAGCAGUGUAUGUUGUAUUUAUUCCUGUUUGUAGAAAGUGUGUAUAUAUUGAUGAAGCCAAUCAGGGGACUAAUACAUUCCAGGAACUAAAACACCACUAGCUUCGUUAUUGCCACAAUUUGAAGGAACAUUGGGACAUUUACAAAAAAAUCUUUUCUUCACCACUAUUCUGACAAUGUGACCAAAUAAUUCAAACUAUUAAAUGCCAUGGUAUUCCUUCAAAUUAAAAGCUACGAAAGUAACCAUUCCACUGUCCCGGUCCAAAUCCUCUGGGACAUAAUUAGAAUUCUGAGUUAUGAAAUACUCAGAAAUCCUAUUUUUCAUCUCCAAAACAUUGCAAUUAACACAGAUUUCCUGUUUUUCUUAAUUGUUUUUUAUUCAUCUCUGUAUCUGUUUAAUUGUGUGGCCCUCAUCCUGUGUGUGUACACAAAAACACGUCAUGUGACUGCAGCCCGUUGCACAAACAUCCAGUCAUUCUCACCCCUAACUGUCUUAAAGCACCGGUGUACAAAAACAAUGACGACCUGAUGUGCAGUUGUUGUAAAUAAGGGCCCUGGUUUUGUAUUGUGACACAGUCCAAGAUUUUAAUCUGUGGAAGCACUUGGGGGAAGAAAAGAAUUGAGAAAAAUGUUUGGAUUAUUCCCGGGGGGAAAAAUGUGUCGAGAAGGGAGGGGGGUAAAAAAUAAAGGGAGGGUGACUUUUCCACUUGUAGAGAAACUUUGAUAACGCAUCAGCUGCACACAGUUCAAAUCCAGUGAAACCACCAGGGGACGCUCGACUAUUCCGACCUCUUCGUGAAUAUGUUGGAGGGGAAAUAAUCGAGCACUUUUCAAGGGUUUCCAAUUAUUUCAAAUGUGUUUGGGUCAAACGUUGUCUUGGUUUGUUGUCUAGCGUCUUGCAUGUUCCUCCAUAUACAACUAUGUUAUCUUAGAGUAGUCAGUAGAGUAGAAACAAGCAAAAUAUAAAAAACCUGCAUCAGCAA